CAAAGACCUUGUGACUACCAAUGCAGCAACCAACAACCCAAUGGCCUUACCAUACUAAAUUGCCAUUCCUUGCCAGCAAUAAGGUUUGAAGACUUAUUCCUAUACGUUGUAUUAUUAUUAUAGCUUCUGUUGUUGCUUUCACAGUUAUUUUUUUUACUAAAAUGAGAGCCAGGUGCCGCUUGGCUUUGUUUGGGAUUUACCUUGCCUGUAAUUAUUACCAAGAAGACAAGACCACAAUUUAGUAGCCCUUUAAAUGCUCCCAUGUAAAAAGAGUGGGCUGCAGUCCGUUACCUGCAAGCUAUAGAGUUUUGUCGCUUUCCAAGAAAUGGGUCAAAUAGCUGCAGCAUAUAGGAACCAUAACCCUGACCCGAGAUAGGCGCACAACUCACAUGUUCCCGUAAAUCGUGGAUUGUCAGAUAAAUAUAUUUGCGUAAAUUCAGGUUGAUGCGCGCAGAUGUCAUGUUAACUAGUCAUCCAAAACAUGUGUCUUGUGCUAACCACACACAACGUUUGCCAUGACAAAAUUGUCCCUUAACGACUAUUAUAUUUGACCUCAAUAAAUUCGGAAAUAUAAUUUAAGAAAAUGUACUUCUAUUUCCUCUGCUAUUUCCAUUACAAUAUUGUGCGGGACGAAUGUCCACAAACGUGUUGUUAUUGUUGAUGGAGGAUUGCAGCAGAUCCUUUUUAUUGUUCCAGUUCUUGGGCCUCCUGGAGUUUAUCCAAGGACACAUGCGUUCAGAUGAUCUUUCCGCAGAGCUGCAGAGAGGGGGGAAAAUGGGAGUGGGGGGUGUAAGGUUAUUAAAGGUUAUGGCCUCACAGUCAAGAAGUGAGGACACUUUGUAGGCCUGUCUAUAAGGGCGAAAAUAUCGUCACAAACGCUUGGCAUGCUUGCCUGGCAUUUAGAAAAUGUCAUCAUACACAACAAAUGUGUAGGCCUAUAGCCUACUUGUAAAUAGACUACAACAGGCUUUCAUAAACAUUCUACUCAACAACAACAAAAGUACAACAUUAAGAGUAAAUAUUUAUUCGAGUAAACAAAUUUCAUGCCAAAAUAAAAUGAUGGGCAUCUAGAUAGGUAGACUAAUAUUUGUCUGACACCAAAUAAAACCCAAAACGCUGCACUAAAAAUGCAAGGCCGAGGCGCUAGGCGCACCCUGUCCUAGUGCGGUUGUUUUCAUUGCAGUUUAUUGUUCAUUUAUUGUGCCGUAAAGCAGGGUACUAUUGACUAUGCGCUUGACUUCUCACCUUCACAUGGCACCUGAUCAGGUAAUUGGUAUAAAAAAAAAACCGUUUUAGAGAAGGGUAACUCCACCCAUCAUUAGGCAAAGACACAUUUUAAACCUUUAUAUUUACAAGAGCAGGCCUUCAAUAUCUUGCUUUAUUUGGUGAUUCCGUUAGUCAAAAUACAAAAAUGAAUGGUUCAAAAUAUUGAGAUAUUAUUGAGGGAUAUCAAUUGUAAAUCGCAAGUGUAGGCCUGCAUUUGUUUGGUAGGCUAUUAGUCCUAAAAUGCAGAUGGUUAUGAUACCCCGUCUGCUAUAGUGCUUUAUUAAACUGUUUAAAAUAAUCAGAAUAAGCAUGUCAUUUAAUAAUAAUAGCAUAAUGAUAGUAAUAAUUUAUUUCAAAGACUUUUGUAUAGGGUUGUUUUGCCCAUGCAAAAAAAAAGAUAAUAUUAUAAUUUAGCGAUGAGUUUCAAGACUAUUUCAGCAUUACACCAGUAAUAGCGUAUUGAAUAUAUUCUAGCCUAUAACCCGGAUAUCAUAAUUGUUAUUAUUAGUGAAGUCUAGUUAUUUACAUACCAAUUAUAUUUGUGCUACUGGCACAAGAGACAGAGUUAGAGUUGCAAUACUGUGUUUAGAAAUGCAAAAUUGUGCUACUCUUGUAUACGUCUACAGCUGAGUUAGACUUACUGUAUCUGCAAAUAAUAAUGUAGCACAGAACAAAAUUCUAUAAUAUUCAGGACGACAAUUGGAGCCUUAUUUAUGUCCAAUUCGUUUUUUGUCUGGUUCAAAUGGUAGGCUAUACCUCCAUACCUCCAAAGGACAUGAGUGACCAGCUGUUUUUUUCCGUGCAAAUGCCAGACUGUUUUUUCCACAAAGGGUGCAAUAAAACACUUCCCCAUACACUUCCACUUCCAAAGUACAAUACAACCGCUCUCUACCUCUCCCCAACCCAAUUCACGUUUCCUUCACAGAAAGCGCAUCAACAACUUCGGCCUAUGUUGUUAACGCGAAGUAUAGAGCACGGUGCCUAUUUUUCUAUUCGAAAGAUAUAAUCUACUCAACCACGUAUAGCCUAAUAUUGUGUGUAUGGUGGGGGGGUCUCAGUUAAUACAUGUAUAAAUUAUCUUAAGAGUUGCAUGAUAAACCUGGCUUACAGAGGUCAAAUAUUCCAUAUUAACUAGUUCUCUAUUCAAUUCAGAGAAAGGCUCACCGAUAACAUCCCACUGCUGCGUUCGUCACAUGGCCCACAUUAAAGUAAUAGCCUUUUAAAAGCAUUCGGAUGUAGAGAUCAAAGCAUGUUUGGGGAACACCACGUUUGUAUCCGACAACUUCUGCCAACCCAUGAGCUCAUUAGUUCGAUUAAACUGAGUGCGGAACCUUUAUUUGGAAAGCCGAGAAGGAUUGAUUAGACUAUGUGGAUAUUAAUCGAAUUCAUCAUACCUGUCAUAAAAGUCCUUAUUAUCUUUCCCAUGUUAUUCCAAAAAGAAGAAAAAAAAGCUUAAUAGCAAUGGCUUGUCAUUCAAAUCUAGGCUGUAUUGUUUAUAUGGAAGGCUAAUAAUCUGAGUUUGAUAUCGAUUAAGACGCCACAGACACAUUUGUGGCACGUUUACGGUGGAUAUUUUAAAAGCAGGAUUUUCGCUAUAUUUACAUUUGUCAUCGUUUAUUUUAUAUUGUGUUGUCCUGCAAUAGGCCUUUACCGUCAAAUAGUAAUAUUUUCCACCUACACACUGGCUUAGCUAUUUCAUCAACUAAAUAUCAACUAUUACAGUAACAACCCUCAAAUGUUCACUGCAGUAUAGGCUACAGUAGUUUAAUAAACUUUGCUCUCUUGCUGUUUUAAGCCUAUUGGCCUGGUUUGUAAUAGGCCUAACAUAAUUUUGUGGUUUUGUCCAUUAUAUAUUUUUUAAAGGCACCGCUUGACUAUCCAGUGUCUUCACUUUAAGUUUAUUCUCUUUCCAUUCACUAGUGCAGUUCAUUUCUUUGUUGGGCUAGGAUUUCCCACACGCGGAUACACACAGUGCAUGCAGUGGUGGAGCGUUAUAGGCGGUAGACUGGAAGCUGUCAUUUGUCUGCUUUUAUGACUUCUGCGGCUUACACAGGCGUUAAAGACAUUCUUUCGCUGUAAAACUGCAAUAAACCCCCACUCUCCUUGCCCAAAGAAUUCGCACUGAACAAAGGGGCAACGCGCCAAAAAAAAAACGCUUGUCCCAAUAUAAGACUUUCCUUACCUCUUCGAUUAAAUGUGUCGAAUUUCGUGCACCAGCUCUAAUCUAAUUAUUGUCCAAAGUUGCUAUAGACUAUAGCCUAGCAGGCAACCUCAUGUGUUAUCAAAUGUAGCAUAGACCUGUCUUUUUUGAUGGAGAAGCCUCAAAAGAUUUUGGCAUUUCCUUACAUGCCUGUCUAUCCACAACAACGCAAUUUCAGGUAAAAUAAAACUCCAAUUAUUACUCCUGUCGUGGAGGCCUAUCGUGACAUAAGUAACAGUGAUCCCAUUGCAUGGCGAACUAUUUCGUGUAAUUCCAGCUCUAAUGAUAAAUUAGGUGUGUGUGUGUGUCAAAGCGCACGCUCCUGUGUUCAGUUUUCCUGUCAGCCUCUAGGCUUCUGUGUUAGGACUUGUUUUAUGUCAAACUGAAUUAACUCAAUUCUUACUAUUUGGAUUUUAUAUCAUAAGAUUAGAUAACUGUGUUAUGGCCAUUCCUAUUAUCGAAUACAUCAACAUUCAGUCCAUUCAUGUAAGUCUAAAGCCUAUAAGCAACGUUGCUAUUACAAACGAUAUAAUUAAAUGUCACCCAAACAUGUUUUCUAAACUUUAUUUGAACAAUUUGAUUAAACCCCUUUGUUUAUCAUAAAUCGUGCUUUUUAAUCCGUUUAUAAGCUAUGUAUCUCACGCCGAGGAAAAAUAUAUUAAUCGAUGAGGGCAAUAUUGUCAAGACUUUUUCUAACUGAAUAAUUCGAUCACUGUAUUGCAGUUGCGGACCCUAAUCUUAUUUUCUCGACCCGAGAGACUUGAAAACAUAACUCUCCGUCGUCUCUAAGGUCCGUCUUUAAAAAAAUAACAAGAGAAUGAACUCAAGUCAAAUAAUUGAAACAGAGCAUGCUUGUCUAGCGUUAGCAUCUAUUUCUCUCAAUAAUUCAAUUCUACAUUUAGGCUAAUUGAUUAAUGUGAUUGUUUAUGGCCAAUCUGAUUCAAUUCACCCACUGCAUGUUCUUUAUACAUUUAUGAGCAUUAGCGUUAUUAUUUUUGCUUCAGCAUAGUACAGGCUACUGGGCAACAAAGAACAUGUGUUGCGGAGGCAGAUUGGCAAGUAUGUGACUUUGUGCGUGCGCAUGCGCGCUCGCGCGUGUGUGUGUAUAAACGCUCCCUAUUUAUGUAGUCCGUCUUUCUGUAUGUGCGCACGCAUAAGACAAUGUAUUAGUUUGCGAUUGCGUUUGUGUGUGUACAUGCGCGUAUGUGAGAGUAGUUUCAAGCGAGGAUUUUUUUAAAUGAAGUAACGUUUUUUUCUCCCUUAGUCCUCUACUCCUUGCUUUUUAUUGGAGGAAAUCUGGUCAGCUGACAUUGUCAUCUUGUCCAUCCUAGAGUGAGGCUUUAGCAACAACAUUCGGCUUUGUACCUUGUGUCUUUAUUGGUGUCUAGAAAUACAUUAUAAAGAAAUCAUUCAGCGUGCCGGUAUUAAAAGAUAGACUGACAGAGAAAAAAAGAGAGUGACUUAGUGUGAGAGAGGGAGAAUAGAGAGAGAGGUGAGAUUGUAAGGGAGGGAGGGAAAGAGAAAGAGGGAGCAAGGGAGAGAGGCAAGGUAUGAAUUCGUAUUUCGCAAACCCGUCGCUCUCAUGCCAUUUAGCUGGUGGUCAAGAGGUUUUACCUAACGUGGCCCUAAACUCAACUACCUAUGACGCUGUUCGACACUACUCAUCCUACGGAGCCGCUGUGGCCCAAAAUCGGAUAUAUUCCUCGCCUUUCUAUUCGCCCCAAGACAACGUAGUGUUCGGCUCGAGCAGGGGACCGUACGAGUAUGGAUCCAACGUGUUUUACCAAGAUAAGGACGUGCUGCCCAGCUGUAGGCAGAGCAGUUUGGGACAAGGUGCACAAACCUCACUCCCCCAGGAUUACCCGUCUGAUCCGGGCAGGAACGGCUCGCAGGAACAGAAGGGGAACAUUCAGAUCUUCCCGUGGAUGCAGCGGAUGAACUCUCAUAGCGGAGUUGGAUACGGUUCUGACAGACGAAGAGGCCGACAAAUUUACUCCCGGUACCAAACUCUAGAACUCGAAAAGGAAUUCCAUUUCAACCGCUACUUGACGAGACGCAGACGUAUCGAAAUCGCCAAUGCACUCUGUCUCACCGAACGUCAGAUAAAAAUCUGGUUCCAGAAUCGCCGGAUGAAAUGGAAAAAGGAAAGCAAUCUAACUACGACUCUCACCGAAAGUGGUUCGGCAGGGGUGAGUCAAGACACGAGUAAGGAGGACACAGAAGAGGCGACAGAAGAGAAGAAAGAAUGAACGAGUUCCUAACUUACUAUAUGCAUCAAUCCGCGGUUCUGUGAGGAUAACUUAACUACCUAUCAAGUAGCCUACCUAUCAACUAUUGUUUGGCACAAUAAAGAAACUAGUGUAUUAAAAUAUGUGGCUGCGUUAAAUGCAAUGUGGACGCUACAUAUCUUCAGACAUCAAUGUUUGCCUUUUUAAUUUCUUUCUGUAUUGGAUAUGAACAUUUCACCGUGACCAAAUCAUUUAAUUCCUUACUUGACAUUCCCUUAUAUACCCAAACUGUGUGUAACGCGAAGACAUUCAUCAUUAUAUGUUCUUAAAUGCUGUUUGACAGCAAAGAAAAACAGUGGUUCUCAGAUGUCUAUACACCUAUGAUGUUGGCAAUAUGUUUUACAAAAGUAAUUGUCAUAAGAUGUGAAGGAAGGUAUAAGCUUUACAUCCGCUUGAGUAACCCAUUUAUGUUUUUUUCGUUUUGCUGUUUUGUUGUACGAAAAAACUAUGCUGAAUAAUAACGACUCACACUACCUAAAUUGUUGAUAUGUUUGUAAAUAUAUGUAUAUCUAUAUUACACGCCUUAGUCCUGUGAGAGCAUUCGUCCGCAUCCCGCACCUUCUUUGUAUUAGCUAGCCUACUUUAUUUAUGUUUAGAUAUGUACCAGUAGGCUAGCCUACAUUGAGUAUGUGGUCAAAUCAUAACUGACCGAUGUGGCUUGAAUUGUAGCGUUAGUUGAAAAUCCGAAAUAAAACAUUAACAGUGAUGAAGGCUAUGAAAUUCACUUCAAGUCAUAUUUAAUAAAACUGUUAAUAAAAAAAGUUCUCGUCCAUGUUUUUGCGCCCAUCAUACCAAGUUGGUCUAGUUCUCAAUUAUAGCCCUCAAUGCAGGUAAAAUAUGUACAUUAUCCUUGUUCACGUUUUUUAUUCGUCAUAUAACAGACCCAAAGCCAGCCACCCUAUCUAUAUAAUGGUUCUUCCACGUUAUCCGUGAAUUCAAAGCUUCGCCACUUCAAAGCAAUGCAGUGAAGUAUUUGAAUAGUCACUUCAAAUAGCUACAGAAAUGUUGGAAGAUGUGGAUGGGGAGAGUAGAGGAAAAGCAAAUCCCACAAUUCGAUAUAAAAUCACCGCUUGAGAGGCCUGUCUAAUUGUUAUGUCUAAAUAGACUUCAAUUUCAGCUUACACGGUAUGAUUUAACGUUUUCAUACGUGUUAUUAAGAAAGUAGGCCUUCUUUUCUUAGAAAGCUUGUCCAGUUAUGUGACUCAUGUCACACACAAGCCAAUUCAAACCAGGAGAUGUUGCAGUUGUUUAGAUGACAUUCUGUUUGCGCUUUACCUUUUCAGAUAAACCAAUGAUGCAACUUGAAUAAAGAUCAUUUAGGAUUACUGUUAUUAUUAUCACCAUUAUUAUCAACGUUGGCAUUAUUAGUCGUUGUAGGCUAUACAAUUACGCACAAUUACUCACGUCGAUUUCGAAUUCUGGUAUACCUGCCUUAUCGAGAAAAUUGUUCCUGGUGGUCAGUCAAGCCAUUUAGAAAACAAUUCCAGAUAGGCCUCAAAUACGAUAUGAAACAUACAGUGAACAAAUGUGUGCUUACAGUAUAGCGACCCAAACAAAUAGAAUGUUCUCAUGCAUUGCUAUUACGUUGACUGAAUUGAUUGUUUAGCCCAUUAAAAUGUAUAUUAUUACGUUUAAUUACUAUUAUCUGUUUAUUGUGAAAAACAAUUAAAUAAAUGCUACUGACAACCCACU